AUGGACAUGGCAGUGCAUCUCCAUUGUUUUCCGUUUGACCUCUUACACCUAAAAGCGCCGCCUCAGUCCGACAACGCCACCGUCGACGUCGUUGAGAAGCUGUCCAACAUCUUCUUCAGCAACUGGGCCCUGAGCGAGCACACCCGCGACGCCAUCAGGAACCGCCUUAUGGAGACCCUCUCCUCCCCCUCCAUCUUGUCUGAGCGCUACGACACCGUCACCGAGCCCAAGAUAUAUGAACUUUUCCGGGCCCCCAUCGGCGGGGUUCAAAUCGAUCACUGGGGUUCGAGAAACUAUCAAAAGUUAGUAAGAUCCUGCUCCUUUUGUGCGUGUGCUGUUGAUGAGUUCACAUUACCGACCUCGGAGGAGCUCGAAGAAGAGGCGAAUAGGGCCCCUAAUCUUCCCAACCUUCAAAGAAAGAUAAAAGAGAUCGUUGAACUUAUGGAACUUAUUGAAGAUUUUGAGAAACCAAGGCUUAUAUGUCUUGGCAUAAAUACUAGAAGGCUUGUGUUCAACUAUAAUAGGAAAGCUAUUUUGGGGAGGCAUGACGUCCAGUACUCAUACACAACCGAAAACAAACGUUGA